GCGGGGCUAUGCCUGAAAAGCGGUGGGAAGUGAUAUAGCGCAGACGGAGCAGCAGCGCAGCAAUACAGAGCGAAGAUGGCGACCCGGACAAUGCAAGCAGCGCGAUGCCCCACUGACGAGCUGUCAUUAACAAACUGUGCAGUGGUAAAUGAGAAAGACCUGCAGUCUGGACAGCAUGUUAGUGUUAAAACCACUCCGAACCACAAGUUUGUGUUCACGGUGAAGGGUCAUCACACGGUAACACCUGGAACUAUAGCAUUCAGCUUACCACAGAGGAAAUGGGCCGGACUCUCUAUCGGACAAGAAGUGGAAGUAUUAAACUAUAACUUUGACAAAUCGAGGCAGUGCAUCGGCGCAAUGAUGAUCGAGAUCGACUUCCUGCAAAAGAAAAGCACCGACUCAUCUCCAUAUGAUUCAGACAAAAUGGCGAGUGAAUUCAUUCAGCAGUUCAAUAACCAGGCUUUCACCGUGGGACAGCAGUUGGUGUUUAGUUUCUGUGAUAAACUCUUUGGCCUGCUGGUGAAAGACAUUGAGGCAAUGGAUGCGAGCAUACUGAAAGGAGAGACAGCGACUGGAAAAAAACAAAAGAUUGAGAUCGGUCUGUUGGUGGGAAACAGUCAGGUGAUCUUUGAGAAAGCAGAGAAUUCCUCCCUUACACUCGUUGGAAAAGCCAAAACCAAAGAGGCACGUCAGACGAUCAUUAAUCCAGACUGGAACUUUGAGCGCAUGGGCAUCGGUGGCCUGGAUAAAGAGUUCUCAGACAUCUUCCGGAGAGCGUUCGCCUCGCGAGUCUUUCCUCCUGACAUAGUGGAACAGCUGGGAUGUAAACACGUUAAAGGCAUCCUCCUCUUUGGUCCUCCUGGUUGUGGUAAGACUCUGAUGGCAAGACAGAUCGGGAAGAUGUUGAACGCACGAGAGCCAAAAGUCGUAAACGGACCAGAGAUUCUCAAUAAGUAUGUCGGAGAGUCUGAGGCCAACAUCAGGAAACUGUUUGCCGAUGCUGAGGAGGAGCAGAAGAGGCUGGGUGCUAACAGCGGGCUGCACAUUAUCAUCUUCGAUGAGUUGGAUGCCAUCUGUAAGCAGCGUGGUACAGGAGCAAGCAGCACCGGCGUCCACGACACUGUGGUCAAUCAGCUGCUAUCCAAAAUUGACGGUGUGGAGCAACUCAACAAUAUCCUUGUUAUAGGAAUGACUAACAGACCUGAUCUGAUAGACGAUGCUCUGAUGAGACCUGGCAGAUUUGAAGUCAAAAUGGAGAUCGGUCUGCCGGAUGAAAAGGGUCGUGUUCAGAUCCUGAGCAUUCACACGGCUAAAAUGCGCGAGUUUAAACUGCUAGCAGAGGAUGUUGAUUUGAAGGAACUGGCAGCAGAAACGAAGAACUACAGCGGUGCUGAACUGGAGGGAUUAGUGAGAGCUGCUCAAUCAACCGCCAUGAAUCGACACAUCAAGGCCACAGCCACAGUGGAAGUAGACCUGGAGAAAGCUGAGAAGCUGAGGGUGUGCAGAGACGAUUUUGUGGGAUCGCUUAACAACGACAUCAAACCUGCGUUUGGUACGAACCAGGAGGAUUAUGCGAGCUACAUCAUGAACGGCAUUAUUAAAUGGGGCGAUCCAGUGAGUCACGUGCUGGAUGAUGGAGAGCUGCUGGUUCAACAAACCAAGAACAGCGACAGAACUCCGCUGGUAGCCGUGCUGCUUGAAGGUCCUGCUCACAGCGGGAAAACGGCUUUAGCUGCUAAAAUUGCAGAGGAUUCACAGUUUCCCUUCAUUAAGAUCUGCAGCCCUGAUAAAAUGAUCGGCUUCUCUGAGAUUUCAAAAUGCCAAGCCAUCAAAAAGAUUUUUGAUGAUGCUUAUAAGUCCCAGCUCAGCUGUGUGGUGGUGGACGACAUUGAACGCCUGCUCGAUUAUGUUCCCAUUGGCCCGAGAUUCUCUAACCUUGUCCUCCAAGCAUUGCUUGUUUUACUGAAGAAAGUGCCACCUCAGGGCCGUAAGCUGCUCAUAAUCGGCACCACGAGUCGUAAAGACGUCCUGCAGGAGAUGGAGAUGCUCGACGCCUUCAGCACCACUAUACACAUCCCUAACAUCAGCACCGGAGCUCACCUGGUGGAGGCGCUAGAGUUGUUGGGCUGCUUCACGGAUGCAGAGCGAGCGACUAUCGCCCAGAAGGUGAAGGGAAAGAGAGUGUUUAUUGGAAUUAAGAAACUCCUCAUGCUCAUCGAGAUGUCAAUGCAGAUGGAACAGGAAUACCGUGUCAGCAAAUUCCUCAUCCUGCUCCAGGAUCAAGGGGCGCUGGAUGAGGGCAAUCACAUCCGAAUUUAACAUCUCCCUGCCUUCUGAGAUCUCGGCUUCUAAGAGGAACGAGCGGAGCCCCGACUCGCACCUCUUCUUUUUCUGGGCCCUUCGUCGUAAAACCCUUCACACACACAUGCCACAGUAUGUGUAGCGUCUUGUGCUUUGUGAGCUACUGUUCUAGAUAUUUAAAAAAAAACACUAAAAAGAUAUAAAGAUGUAAAAACUCAUCACAAUACACACUAUUCUGUAGUUGCGUGUGUGUAUGAAUGUGUAACAUAUACAGUAUAUACAGUAUAUAUAUAUAUAUACAUAUAUGAGCCUAAUAUGUGCGUACAAAUUUUGAAAUCUAAGUGGAUAAUUGUGUUGUUACACACACUGACGGUAUACUGUUACAUUUAUGACUUUGAAUGGAGUGUAAGUUGUGGAGUACAGUUACAGAGUGUGUGUGUGUGUGUGUGUGUGUGUGUGUGUGUGUGUGUGUGUGUGUGUGUGUGUGUGUGUGUGUGUGUGUGUAUAUGUUAGAGCUUUAAUCAGGACUGAAAUGUUGAAUGUUAAAAUGUCGACCUUCUAUCUGACCUGACCCAUCACACUUUUCUCUCAGCUCUUGAAACCAUCAUGGAACUGUGUAACCGAGGAACUUAAGUUUUCUAGUUAGACUAAAGUGCUAACUCUGAGGUUUUAAACAGCAUGGCCCCUCAAAAGCACGUACAUGUGAUACGAUACGUGUCCAAGUUCAAGGCUUUUCAUUUAUAUUUAAAACUGCAUGAUUUAAACUCAAAUGUGCUCAUUAUGGAGCAAACAAUGGCAGAAAGGGACAAAAUGCAAAAAGGUCGAACGAAUGGUUUAAACAGUCAGCUCAAGCUCUAGUGUGUUUGUAUAUGUGUGUGUCACAUAUGGCAUUUUGACAAGUAUAAGAUGAACAUCCUGAACCCUAAUAUCUCUCUCUUUGUAUUGUUCAAUGUCCCUCACUCUCUAAAUCAUAAAUGUUUGCGUGCGUGAGAUUUUAAUGUUGUUUGCCGUGCAUUAAUAUUGUUUAGUAAUGAUCAAUGAUAAGUUUUUUCUUUAGCUUGUGUACCGCUCAGUGAUUAGUGCUUGAAGUUCACAAAUGUGAGGUCAAGAAUAUUAAUGAUCUUUGUGAAUAUUAAUGCUGUAUUACUGCAAUAAACGCACAAACACAAA